AUGGGGCAGGGUUGGAUAUUAAUCCUAGUUCUCCCUUACCUGUGCCAAGGAGCCAAUCUGAAAUCUGAUGGAAGCUUUGUGGCAAUUGCUGGAUCUUUGAGUAAUACAGGGGAUUUUGAUGAUGUAACUUCAAAUGAAAUUUCCAGUUGCCACGAAGGUGUCAUUCUUCUCCUUAAAGACAAACUUCCAGUUCUCAAGAAAUAUGGUGCUACUCACUAUAAAAUACAGCUAGAGCAAAGACGUCUCUUCCAGAAAGGUGGACUGCCUUCCCACGAUCAAGUCAAAUGCUACCUGAGACUUCUUCAGCUACUUGUUGAAGCAAACAUUAAUCCAGUGAUUGUCUUGCAAGGAGGACCACUUGAUGUGCAAGCUAGUAGAAGCUCAUCUGAUCACUUUGUGCAGUAUGCUGAUUUUGCCUUUGGCGUUCUUGGGGACUUGGUUCAUACAUGGAUUACAUUCAAUGUCUGGCUGGAAUCCACAGACAACAUAAACAUAGAAAUCUUUAAGAAUCUGCUUCAUAUCCAUGAGCAGGUUCAUACACUGUAUCAUAACAAAUAUUCUGCAAAAGGUGAGUUUUUUUUUUUAUAUAUUCUUGUGUAAAGGUUUGACAGACAAGCUUGUUUAUGCCACAACAGCCAAUACAGGUAUUGCAAGAGGUAUAAAAUGGCACAUUUGUUGGGUAAUAAACCGGUUCAUCCAAGUCGUGUCAGGUACUGGGAAGGCAAUAAGAGCAGGCUUCCCCCAACUCUGGUUUUUUUUUUUUAAAUAUUUCAAUCAUUUAUUGGCUUACAUUAUAUUUCAUACCUGGAUGUUUGCUUAUGCUGUAUAUACCAUGGAGAGGUAUUCCAAGCACCUAUCUUUAACCCUUUAAGGACACCACUUCUGAAAUGAAAGGGAAUCAUGAUGGAAUAUUUCACACAGCUCAUUUGCCCUGUACAUUUUCAAGUGGUACAGAAUUAUCCCAAAUCCCAUGAUGAAAUGGGGAAAAAUGUUUUCCUUGUAUUAAAUGUGUAACUGUUCAAGUGAGUGCCAUUUUAGUGUUAUAUAGUACAACAGAAACUGCAGGAGUGUAUUUUUAUUCAGUCUGAAAUUACGUCUAAUUGAAUUGGAUACUCCUUGAACUGUGCAGGUUUUUUUUUUAAAUGUAUAGCAAUCGCAGUGAAUAGACUUUGACGUAUCAGACUGCACAGUAGACAAUAGAUAUUCAGAGGUUUGUAAAUAGGGAUGCACAGAAAUGAAUUUUCAGGAUGCCCUUGGCUGAAAGUUGAGCUGAGAUUGCCAGUCAUAAAUUAUUAAAUAAAAAAAAAUAAAGGAAUAUAUACAGUGAUAGGUGAGAAUGUGUGGCAGCACGGAGUGCUACAGACCACCUGAGUGGAAACCCCUUACACCACUCCAAGAAAUGAAAGCAUACAAUAGGUAGAUCACAUGUCGUGAUGUUCCUAUAAGAAACACAAAAUAUAGCGUAAUAUUGCCAGUAUCAUUAAUGUGAACUGAUGUGGAAAUUAGGUACUCAGAAGCCUGGUACUCAUGUUGCGAUUUGGCUCCAGGCUAGUGAGUACCUGACUUCCACUUAUUGUAUGUAUAAAUUAUUAAAUACACCACACCAAAAAAAAGGAAUAAAAUAUUGUUACUAUACCCACACUGCCAAUAUGUCACUACACACACACACUGCCCAUAAUGAUAUAAUAUCACUAUAUAUAUAUAUAUAUAUAUAUAUAUAUAUACACACACACUGCCCAUAAAAUGAUGUCAAUAGGCACCCUGUUCCAAAUUAUUAUGAAAAUAUUUUUCUCAUUUACCUAAAUAAUUGUAAAUAACAGUACAAUUGAAAUUUUAUUGAACAAACCUAAUGAUAACAGUAUUUUUUUUAAACAAACUUACAAUGCACUGUUCCAAAUUAUUACGCACAGUAAGUUUCAAAACAUUUUAUAGGUUGUAAAGAACUGAAAAUUGUCAUUUGUUGUGUUUGCAGCAUAUUUACUGAAAUCAAAAGCUAUUUCAAUCAAACUUAUAACAACAUUUUAACAGGUCACGUUACAUUUUUUUAACAUAGGACCCCUUUUUUGAUAGCAGCUUCACAAGUCUUGCAUCCAUUGAACGUGUGAGUUUUUGGACAGUUUCUGCUUGAAUUUGUUUGCAAGAUGUCAGAAUAGCCUCCCAGAGCUACUGUUUGGAUGUAAACUGACUCCCACCCUUAUAGAUCUUUUGCUUGAGGACGCUCCAAAGGUUCUCAAUAGGAUUGAGGACUUUCCUUUUAUCCCCAUAGCCGCCAUUGAUGCAGAGGUAUUCUUUGCAGCAUGAGAUGUUGCAUUGUCAUGCAUGAAGAUGAUUUUUAUUACGGAAAGCAUAGUUCUUCCUUCUGUACCAGGGAAGAAAGUGGUCAGUCAGAAAAUCCACAUACUUUGCAGAGGUCAUCUUUACACCUUCCGGGACCCUAAAGGGGCCGACCAGCUCUCUUCCCAAGACUCUGGGACUCCAGAGGCACCAGCAGCUUCAAAUAUCUGUUUGCUGCUAUGUAAUGGUAUUUUAGCAGCUGCUCUCUUGAUCCGAUGCAUGGAUCUGGCAGAAAUCUUCCUCAAUGUGCCUUUAUCUGCACUAACCCGUCUGUGCUCUGAAUCCGCCACAAAUCUCUUAAUAGUGCGAUGAUCACGCUUAAGUUUUCGUGAAAUAUCUAAUGUUUUCAUACCUUGUCCAAGGCAUUGAACUAUUUCACUCUUUUUGGCAGCUGAAAGAACCUUUUUCUUCCCCAUAUUGCAUGAAAAUUGUGCUCUGCUUAAUAAUGUGGAACACCCUCCUUUAGUAGUUUUUCCUUAAAUUGGGCUCACCUGGCAAUCUAAUUAUCACAGGUGUCCGUGCCCUGAGACGCAAUGGCAUCCAUGAGUUAAACUCAAAAAAUAUUUAAUCUUUGUGACACAUAAACAGAAUUUGCAUAAUAAUUUGGCACAGGGUGUACUGUACUUACCAAUGUUUCCUAGGAUGCAGGUAGGCAGGGAGAUUGCUGAAGGCCAAAAGCGGUCUGGUCUGCCUGCCAAAUGGGGGACUAGUCUGCUCUCUGACUGACAGCCUGCCCCUCCAAAAAACCAGGCAUGCUGCUAUUACCCAGUCCUCUCCUCCAUUUUGAAAUCUGCCUACAGAUUUUAUAAUGUGGGACAACCCCCUAGUACAUUUGCUGCAACAGUACCCCAAAGUACAGGACUGUCCAGGUAAAUACAGGAGUGUUGGCACCCAUGCACCCUGACCCCCAUGUCCCGGUAUAGCAGUUUCCGAUGUGCACUCCUGUUACCUGGUUGCGUAGAGCAGGGGAGCAUAUUGGGUGGUAGUGGGGGGGGGGCAAUUUUAAAAAACUAUGUAUAUAUAUAUAUAUAUAUAUAUAUAUAUAUAUAUAUAUAUAUAUAUAUAUAUAUAUUUGUAGCAGAAAAGCAACAGAGUGUGUAAAGCUCACACCUCAAUAAACGACUGUACAAAAGCAAUCGUAGUAAUGGAAACGUAUGCUGCUAUUUUGUCCUUUUGUUAGGAUAUUUUAUAUAUAUAUAUAUAUAUAUAUAUAUAUAUAUAUAUAUACAAUUUGUUUUUAUUAUUGAGACCCUGAAGAAGUCUUUUGUCAGACGAAACAUUUUGGAACAAAUUUGUUUUUUUUAUCUUUCAUACUUAUAAAAUAAAGCAGAUUAUUUUUAAUCAGUCAUACUCCUCUGCCAUCUAUAUAUAUGUAUGUAUGUAUGUAUGUAUGUAUGUAUGUAUGUAUCUUGAUAAAGACCUGCGGGUCGAAACGUCGAUUUUUUCUGCACUUUGAUAAAAAAUUUCAACAAGCCCUCUGGAGUGCUCUUUUUGCUACUAUUUGUCUAUUUAUCUACGCUCUGCAGCACCGAGGCUUUUUCUGGGAUCAUUAUUUUCAAAGGUAGAGUGCCGGACUUUGUACAUUUUUAUAUAUAUAUAUAUAUAUAUAUAUAUAUAUAUAUAUAUAUAUAUAUAUAUAUAUACAUAAAAUUAGUUUAUUCCCUCUUAUCUUGGCCAGGGGGAAUGGCGCUCUCACCUUCUCAGUGAGCUAUGGGCAUUCCAAACGUCGGUGGCUAUAAUCCAAGAAACUCACUUUAUAUUAAACUCUGAGCCAAUUUUAUGGGACCGCCGUUACCCCCAAAGCUACUUUGCAUCCCACACUUACACCAAGCAAUCGGGAGUAGCGAUCCUCUUCUCCCACACGACACCCUUCACGUUGCUCGAGCAGAAGGUGGAUCCGGAUGGUCGAUACAUCUUCAUAAAAGGACGCAUUGCUUCCCAGCCAUACACCUUCGCCACAGUAUAUGCUCCCAAUGCCAGGCAGCAUGUCUUCCUAUCUUCUACUCUGUGGCUCCUGGUGGACUUCUCUGACAGGACGUUGGUGCUGGGGGGGUGACAUUAUUGUCCCCCUGGAACAUGAGUGGGACACCUACCGUGGACUGAGCACGGUUCCCCAUAGGUUUAUCCAAAGGGCACUGAGACGCCUUCCCCUGGUGGACUGCUGGCUUUCCACGCACCCAGAGGGUAGGGACUACACGUACUACUCCUCGGUGCACGAUCUCUACAUCCACAUUGAUUACCAGGUCAUAUCCCAGGGACACCUCACACACCUCAGAGAUGUCGAUAUUGGCAACAUCAUCUGGUCGGAUCACGCGCUGGUCUCCCUCCGGAUGGCCUCCCCACUAUUAAGACCUACGGAGCGCAUGUGGAGCUUGAACGGGGCACUCCUUCUAGACGCCGAGGUGAAACAAUCGGUCCAGGAGACCCUACAGCACUACUUUCAGGAGAAGGCCAACCCGGAAACGCCACCAGCUGUGGUAUGGGAAGUUCACAAGGGUGAUCCGAGGCGCCCUCAUUAAAAUUGACAUGUCUUUUUUUAUGAACACUCAAACAAAUGUGGGAGGAUGCUAGCUCGCAUGCUGAAAAAAAAAGACAAAACCUCUUCCAGGGGGCCCAAGAAAAUGCUUUGCCCAGGGUCCUAUUCAUAUUAUAGACGGCCCUGGGUAAACCUUCUAUUUAAAGUCAUAUCUUGAUGUAAAUUGAGGGACUUUCACAGUAAGUCAAACAAGGGAUAUCUGUGACAAAACUCCAACUAAUUGCAUGAUGUUCCUCAUGGCACCCCUGUAACUCUGUCCUCUUUGCUGUUUCCUUCUUUCGCCUAUCAUUCUGCCUCACUCUCUAACCUGACAUUUCAGUGUUACCAAUGCACAUUGCUUAGGGAAGGGAAUUACAGGAUAUUUUCUGCCUCUAAUGAUUUCUAGAAGAAAAGUAUGAAAAUGAGGAGUCUUUAUAGGGAGUUAAUUUCCAUGUAUUUGUUUAUGGUCUCUGUGGUUCUGUCCUCUUUACUGUGGCCCUUGGUCUCUGUCCAUCUGUCACUGUGCUGAUUCCUUCAUUCCUCAUCCCUCUGUCCCUUUUGCUGUGUUCCAGGUCCAUUUGCUGUAUCCCUUGCUUUUACCAUAAAGUUCUAAAAUAUUUCACAGUGUUAUAAGAAGGCUGCAAAUCAACUAAAAAUGGAAAGAUAGUGAGAUAUCAGGACAGAAAUAUUUUCAGACGCUCCUGCAUCAAUCUUAAAAGGGAGUAAUCAUUAUUUUGACACAUAUUCUCUCUUUACUGUUGUAAAUCCACCUGAACAUACUGUUUAGUAAAUAAACCCCACACAGUUAUCACAAGGUAACAGAUUUAUCCCUGAGAUGUCAUUUAUUGUGCUUAGAACUCUGCACAUAGAUAAGUAAUAUAUGUCAUAACAGUGUGUGAAUAACAGAUAAUGUCUUCAUGAUAACAAAUGUAUGACCGAUCAACACCAAACCUAGUAAAAAAAAUAAAAUGAAAAAAUAAGACUCCGUAUUGCUGUCACAAUAUAAUACUAAACAGUAUCAUUUGGGCUUGCCCAUUUAAUGUCAGGUACCAGUGCUUUUUCACAGGCCAUGCUCCCUCACUUCCUAAAAAGCUAAUUCUGUAUCAUUUUACAUCAUAUCCAAUGCUAUUUCAUAUCAAUUAGCAUUUUUUUUACAGCCACCAGCUGACAAAUUCUGCAGAUCAUUGUUAAACAUCGCUAGGCCACUUUUAGUGGUGUUAAACUAAACUCUCUUUAAAUUCAAAGGACGCAGGAUAUAAUCUUUUGUUAUAAUAAUGACUGUGUGGAGGUCACUUACCAAUUCCCCGCUAGAACUCAUGUAAUGGAAUCACUAACUGUUGGGAAAAACACUUUGGAAAAAGUUAAGACAGCAAAUAGUUAUUUUCACCUAGAAGCAACUAUUGUUAUGUAUGACAAAAUAUCUCCAUGAUCAAUACAAAUGAGCAUGGGUGUCCAGGACCAGCAUUCUCCCUUUAUGGAUAGGGAGCAGGGGAAACGGCUCCAAUAAAUAGAUUCUGCCAAUAGCUCCUCUUGUUACUACACUGCAUAGCGAGCAAGUUAAUACCAAGAAGGUGGACAACUUUAUCUGUCCUCUCCUACCCUUGUGCUCUACCAUCAUGUAGUCUGUGAGAUGUUAUGAAUUGUUAAAGGAACACUCUGAGCACCAUAACCACUACAGCAUUCUGUAAUGUUAUCAAACCAUUUUCGAACUAGAAGCCCUCUGCCCGAGUUAAAUCUGGGGCUUCAAAAGGACUGUGAAGGAGUAAGGUAAGUGACAGGGAGUGUCAAACCAUUAUGGCACUAUAAACACCACAUAAAACUGUGUGUUUCUUUAAGCCAUGGGUAGGCAACCUUUGGCAGUCCAGAUGUUGUGGACUACAACUCCUUUGAGUCUUUGCUCGCAUUAGGGCUGUAGCAGCAUUGUGGGAAAUUACGUACACAACAUCUGCCAUACUGAAGUUGUCUACCCAUUCUUUAAGCUUUGGUUGGCCUAAAGAGGCCCUACGUUCCUUGAGAAAGGUCUGUUUGUUGGGUUCCACCUGUUUUGUGUAUAAUUCACUAUAGCUGACAGGUCAAAGUAUGGCAGCUGGGUUAUCAAUUUCAUAAUAGCUUGCAGUUUAGUUACUAAACCCCUCAGAACCAAUCUUACAGAUUAUCCCAAGGUAACAGAUUUAUCCUGAUAAAUUAAAUUUGUUUUGUACUUGGAACUCUGAACAUAGAUAAGCCAUAUUUGUCAUAAGACAGUAUCAAUUACUGAUAAAGCAUUUAAAAGGCUGAUAAGAUAUUUAUUACCGAUCAGCGUGAUACCUGGUAUUCAAAAUUGUUUCAAAGUGACCUUUGUAAGGGGCAUCUGAUUCAAGCUCUAAUCGCAAGAUAUAACAACAAAUAUGGCAUAAAGAAAUAAAAUGUCAUACUGAGGCAUUCACGGAAACAUAACUUAUUUUUCAUUUUAAGCUCUUUGUGUAAUUAUGGGGAAAUAUGUGUAAAUAUAAUUCUCGCGCCCUCGAGUUAUCCACCUGUUCAAAGAUGUUUCAGACUGCACGUAUAAGGCAAAGUUUUAUAAAUAAGGUUUGCUGCUGGAUUAAUAGUUAUAACCCAGUCCAGAUCUGAAUUAAGGUCUAUCGUUAGUACCUGACCUGGUUUCAGGUGUUUACAGUGGUCACAUUAAACUAUAGGUUAAAUGAGUGGGACCAUCACUUUCUCAUUGUUCACAUCACCAUGUAGACCAUGAGUAAGCAACCUUCGACACUCCAGAUGCCGUGGAAUACAUCUACCGUAAUGCUCUCACAGCUAUUAUGCUGACAAAGCAUCAAGGGAGAUGUAGUCCACAUCUGGAUUGCCAAAGGUUGCCUACACUUGUUGUAGACAUUGAAAAACUGCAUAUAUACCGUAUCUAAAUUAGGAAUUACACUCGAACUAAAUUUAUGCUAACUAAUGUCGUAGACAGUUAUUCUUGAGGAGGAACACUCCAAACACUUAAAGCACUUUAGCUUGCUGAGGCGCUUUAUGUGUUUUUCAUUUACAAAAAGUGCAGAUUUUAAUAUAAUUUGUCACUUUUAUAAAUCAACCUCCUGGCUGUCAAUCAAACAACCGGUCCUGUUACUUCCUGGUUGUUUUAUAGCUCAAUAGGCCAUAACUGAGAGAGGUUUUUUUGUGCACAGAUAAGUGGAAAUCAGGAUAACAAGUGCAGGCCCAGAAACAAGAACAUAAUUCAAAGUGUAAUGUCCCUUUAUUUAUUCUUAAAUUUUAUCCCCCCAGUGGCUAUAAUAGAUGUAACAUUUUAAAUAAUAAUAAACCGUUUUAGCAGUGUUACUUUAAAUCUUUUUUUUUUCUCUGACUUAGAUGACACAUAUUAAUAUGUUUUUUUUAAUGCAAUCUGCUUGUUUUACAGUGUUCUGAUUUGAAUUGCUCGAUUCCUGACACCUUUGACUGUUUCCAUGUGGUCUUCUUGGUUUGAGUUGUCAGAUCCCAUGAAAUUAAGACAGUGCAAAGUUUUAAUUCUAGUCAGGGUUACACUAUCUUAUCUUUGUAUUCUCUGCCUAUUAUCGUCAUGGAAAUAUUACAGUUGCACAACUGAUGAAAUAUUUUCUUGUUUUUUUAGGUGGGGAGCUAUCUGUUGCUGUAGAGCCAUCUGUACUGAGCACCUUACUGUCCCUUCAGCCUAACUUCCUGGUAAAGUGAUAAUUCAUCUAUGAAUGACGAUAAGAAUGAUAUUCCUGCCCAUUUUCUUCAUUAACUGUCCAAGUGCUAAAGGAGGUUUAAUGCAUUUCUGAACUUUGGGUUCUCAAAUUGUUAAAGGGUUAGUCCAAGCACUAUAACCACUAGAGGUGCUUCAGUAGUUAUAAUGCUACUGCCGGAUACCUGGUCUCCUCUCAUGUUGAUUUAAAUCUGGCUUCUGCAGAGCUGUGUAAGCUGGGUGCCGAUCCUGUAUCUCAUUCAUUGUCUGAGAGUGUCAGUCGAGCACUCAGCCAAUGAAUGUCAGUGUGCUAAAUAUGCACAGAAUUGACAUUAGCCAGCCAUUGUUCCAGACCUGCUAAUGAAGGAGGUGGAGUAACAUCUCUGACAGGUAGCCUUAAAAUCUCUGUAUGUAUAGAGUUUCAUACCGAAAAGCUAUAUAUACAGGCUCCUUGCACCAUGACCACUUCAAAAUGGUAAUGAUGUGAAGUGUAACCCUUUAACCCCUUAAGGACCAAACUUCUGGAAUAAAAGGGAAUCAUGACAUGUCAUGUGUCCCUAAGGGGUUAAAGAGACACUGUAGUAACCAGAACACCUACAGCUUAUUGCAGUUAGUCUGUUGAGCAGAAUAAUUCCCUUCAGGCUUUUUGCUGUAAGCACUGUCUUUUCAGAGAAAAUGCAGUGUUUACAUUACAGCCUUGUGAUAACUCCACUGGCCACUACUUAGAUGGCUACUAGAUGUCCUUAAGCAGUCCUGCCUAGUGUGCAUCACAACAUUCAGUGUCUCUACCCUCUGCAUACAGACACUGAACUUUCCUCAUAGAGAUUCAUUGAUUCAAUUCAUCUCUAUGAGGAGAUGCUGAUUGGCCAGGGCUGUGUUUGAAUCAUGCUGGCUCUGCCCCUGAUCUGCCUCCUUGACAGUCUCAGCCAAUCCUAUGGGGAAGCACUGGCUCAGACCACUACUUCUGAUGACAGGAGCUGCAGACUUGAAUACAGGAGCUGCAGACUUGAAUACAAGUAAGAUUUUACUAUAUUUAGGGAGGCAAGAGAGGGCCAGGGGGGCUAGAUGGUGGUGUAACACUAUAGGGUCAAGAAUAUAUGUUUCUGUUCCUGACCCUAUUGUGUUCCUGACCCUAUAGUGUUCCUUUAACCAUUUGGUGGAAUAAGAGAUCUGAGCUCUUAAUGUAGAGGUUAUCAAUGCUGCUAGUUGAUGGGAAAUUGAAUAAGUACGUUUUGGAAUUAGGCUAAAAUAUUAUAUUGUCAUAUUUAAAAGGUGACAUUUCACCCUGCAAAAUACAGAGCCAGAUUCAGAGCCAGUUAUUCACUAAGGUAUAAAUUCACCAAAACCAACCAAAGACGCAACAAAUUACAUUACUGAAGAUUUAAAAAAAUGUAGAUAAAAUGCUUGUUCUGUGUCACUAAUCUCCUCUCUCAGGAUAUGAGGCAUUCAAAUAUCCAUCAUAAGAGCUUUUGUUUUAAUUACUAGAUUUGUGCAAAAAUUAGUUUGGAGUGAUUCGUCCAAAUCAAAUUCCUUUUAAUCUACACUCGAACCAAAUGAUCUGUCCGGGUUUCACCUGUGGUGUCUUAUUCAAUUAAUACAACUUUACAGGUACAUCUCAGAUGGAUGGGUGGAUAUUUUGGGUGUGGAUUAAAAGGAAUUUUUUUAAAGAGGAAACAUUACGGCCGAAUUAUUUCAGAAGUUUACUAAUUACCAAAAACCAUACUUCUUCAUAAAUGUGUCAAGAAACUGUAACAGUAGAGCAAAGAACCAGUGUAAUUUUCAUCCAUAUUUCUUUAAGCAUAUCACAAGAUAAAAUCCAAAUUCCAGGGCAGUAUAAUCUCAUUUGUUAUGCAAAUGUCGUACAUCUCUAUUAUAGUGUACGCCUCACUGAAUCAUGUAGAGUGCAAAUUGUCUGGAAUUCAAAGUGAAUUUAAUAGGUUUUUUUUGUAUCAACAGCCAAACCGGAAUAAUUUUCCAAAUCUUCAAAAAAAAUUCAAUUCAGCACAGACACCCACACAAUAUUGUAAAGCGCUAUGGAAUCUGUUGGCGCUAUAUAAAUGGCAACAAUAAUAAUAAUAAUAAUAUAUGUCAGAAAACAACUUUGCAAAACAGAGUUGAGUAUAUGAAGAUAAACAAUGCAUGAGCAGAGCUGUCCUGGGGUACCCAAAGCCACACCAGGAACAGGUUAGAUGCCAAGGAUUUGAACUUCUCCCAAUUUCAAGUUUGCAUCAUAACCCCUAACAUUUUACAUAAACUCUCAUAACCCUAGCGUAUGAAAAAAGCACAUUUAUGAUGCUAUUAACUGUAACUACCCUCUUUCUCAGCAAAGCUAUGUCUGACUGAGAGUGAUGAUUGUUGCAACUCAUUUGCACAAUUACCUUUUGUUUCAGAAAUCAGUUGAUUUUGUCGCUUUGAAUGUAAACUACAACUGCCAAGAUGGAACGCAGUUACAGAUAUACAAGGAAAAGGUAAGAACUACAUUCUUAAAUGAUGGAUAUCGUUUAUAUGUUAGUUUGUACUCUCUGACUUUCUCGCUUGUUUUGUUGUUAAAGGGACACUAUAGUCACCUGAACAACUUUAGCUUAAUGAAGCAGUUUUGGUGUAUAGAACAUGCCCCUGCAGCCUCACUGCUCAAUCCUUUGCCAUUUAGGAGUUAAAUCCCUUUGUUUAUGAACCCUAGUCACACCCCCUGCAUGUGACUUGCACAGCCUUCCAUAAACACUUCCUGUAAAGAGAGCCCUAUUUAGGCUUUCUUUAUUGCAAGUUCUGUUUAAUUAAGAUUGUCUUAUCCCCUGCUAUGUUAAUAGCUUGCUAGACCCUGCAAGAGCCUCCUGUAUGUGAUUAAAGUUCAAUUUAGAGAUUGAGAUACAAUUAUUUAAGGUAAAUUACAUCUGUUUGAAAGUGAAACCAGUUUUUUUUUCAUGCAGGCUCUGUCAAUCAUAGCCAGGGGAGGUGUGGCUAGGGCUGCAUAAACAGAAACAAAGUGAUUUAACUCCUAAAUGACAGUGAAUUGAGCAGUAAAAUUGCAGGGGAAUGAUCUAUACACUAAAACUGCUUUAUUUAGCUAAAGUAAUUUAGGUGACUAUAGUGUUUCUUUAACAAGAUUUGGGUUGAAAGUUUAGGCUUGGCACCAUAACCACUACAGUGCACUAAGAAUCCCCUGUCAUCAUGUCACUGCAACUAGUUAAACCAUUUUUGCACAGUUUCACUGUUACCUAGGUGUCCAGGCAACUAAUUUCCCGGCUGUUUUCUGAUAUUUAUACCUAGAGCAGAAUUUCAUAGCUAUUUGGGUGAAACAUAUUUAAUGAGGACAUCAGUCAACUGACAUCACUAAUACUAAAGGGGUAAUUACGAAUUGGCAAUAUCGGAAAAAAAAGGCCCAGGCAAACCAGGAGAGUGUCAAACCAUUCAGAAAUGGGGACUCCUAGCACCCUAUGUAGUCACUACAUAUAUUAUGUCUCACAAGCAAACCUCUCAUCCUGAAUCACGACAAUUAGUAUAUGUUGUUUUCUUGGCAUACUGGCUAGGCAUUUGUGGUAAAAACCAAAGAAAAAGUUACUUUUUUUCUUUGUUUUUUAUUAAAUGUAUUGGGACUGAUGUGUAUUGAAGUCAUUGCUGCCGUCCAGGAGUAGUGGGAGUUUGAGUGUUUACUUCUGUGUUUAGGUAUGUGGUGCCUGGAAUGUACAUUACAGAUGUCGCUUUUUACAGCUGUAAACAGGGAAAUAUUGUUCUUCCUCCGCAAACUAAAUAAAUUAAAAACAAAACAUGUAUGUGGUAAAUCCUGUAAUGAGAAGGAACCCUAUGUGGUCACCGCCAGUCGGGGUAUCCUAGUCACUACAUAUAUUAUGUCUCACAAGCAAACCUCUCAUCCUGAAUCACGACAAUUAGUAUAUGUUGUUUUCUUGGCAUACUGGCUAGGCAUUUGUGGUAAAAACCAAAGAAAAAGUUACUUUUUUUCUUUGUUUUUUAUUAAAUGUAUUGGGACUGAUGUGUAUUGAAGUCAUUGCUGCCGUCCAGGAGUAGUGGGAGUUUGAGUGUUUACUUCUGUGUUUAGGUAUGUGGUGCCUGGAAUGUACAUUACAGAUGUCGCUUUUUACAGCUGUAAACAGGGAAAUAUUGUUCUUCCUCCGCAAACUAAAUAAAUUAAAAACAAAACAUGUAUGUGGUAAAUCCUGUAAUGAGAAGGAACCCUAUGUGGUCACCGCCAGUCGGGGUAUCCUAGUGAACCCUGACUGGGCGUACAUGCCAGCUGUAAAAUUAUUAUUGUGUAAUGCCACAGCAGACAGAAGGCAGAGGACAAACCAAACUGCAAUAGGCUCUGUCAGGUCCUACUCUCUCUUCGGUCUGCAUGAUGUUGUCAGACUUCCUCUCGGCCCAUCUCGGCGUCUCCGCAGAUGCUGGAUCUCCUGUCCCGUGGUGUCCCGAUGUUCAGCUGACAAUGCAAGUGCACACACGUGCUAACACGCAAUAACCGCUAGUCCUUGACAGAUGUAGAGGGAUAUAAUGAUGGGUUAAGGGACUCCUAUCCUAAUUGUAUUCAAUUUUAGGUUUUCAUCCAAUCUCUGGUGAUCAUUUUCCUUCAUAAUGCUUUAUAUGAGCAAUAAAAUGGGAACUUAUAUUAUUAAGAUUAAUAUUAAUAUUAUUCCUUAUUUAACUACAGGCAAACAAGUACAAAAAUGUUUUCCCGAACAGUGUUUGCAAAAGCCUGUAGAUUUUACAGUGUUUAACAUAUUAAACAAAGUAAAAUAAACAAGAUAAUCAUAGCAUAACAUAUCUUCUUCCCAAUAAAAAAGGAUCCCCAAAUUUUUCCUGUAAUUUUGGAAAUAAGACAUAAAGGCUGUGUGGGCCUAGAGAGAUAAUCGGCACACAGCUAACUCUGAAUCAUUUAUUGGCUUGUGACAAAAUCUCAGUAUUUGCUGUUCUGCUUUACAGUUAAACUAAAUAACUGCCAUAUUCCAGUCAUAUUAUUCACUUAUUUUUCAAAAUGUUGUACAUUGCUUGAUUAUGUUCAAUCACACUAUACUCAAGUGAUGUAAUAAAGCGCUAAAAUAGGGACUUUUAACUUUAAUAUAUGAGCUGUCUGUCAUUACCUUGACAUCUUUGGCAUUAUUAGGUAUGACUGCAUUCCUAAUGGUAAAUUGAACGCAGUUUGUUUUGUGUAUCAUUUUUCACAGCUUAGCAAUAAUUCAGUGUGUGACUUAUAAUGCCAAGUACUUAUCGUGCUUGUCCAAAUUUUCUUUCUCUCGCUGGUUGUAGGUUGAGCAGAACAUUGGCCAUGGACAUAGUGUUUUGGUUUUCAGUUUGAAACUAAAAGAUUGCAACACUCUAACUACGGAAUUUAAAUACACCCCAAUCUUUAAAAUAUCUGAAGGUAAGUGAGCUUUUUCUCGGGGACAAAGUCCGCCUCAUUAUCACAAAACUUAAAGAGAGUUCUCAAAAAAAGCCACAAGUACUAGAUUAACCCAUCAAAGCAGUAAUGGAGGUAUUGAUAAUAAAACCAAUCAGUAGGAAUUCAGCUAAGUAUCUGUGGAUAAGAAUAAGAUAGGAAUGAAACAAGUUCUUGCCAAAAGAGAUAGAGAGCAGUAUAAUUACUCAAAGCAGGUACGUGGUUAAAUAUUAAUCACAAAAAAAGGGUGCACAGAUUGGGAUUCAAUGCUUUGCGUAACUCUCUUGCAUUCAAAAAUUCAAAUUUAGCAUUUAUUAAUAGAACAGCGGGGACUUAUAAAAAGUGACACUAAGAGAAAAGUAAUGCAAUUGGUUUCCACGGGGAUUGUUCAACUUUUAGAAUUUGACCCCUCUUUUUUUAUUAGUGACACUUGCCUCCAUUCUGGGGAUACAACUAAUCCGAAAACCCAGUAACAACCCAAUUAAGAUACGACAACAAUCUCAAUGCACUAUGCUUGCACCUUCCUAGUAACUCACUUACAGUAAGCCAGAGCUGUUUAGCUAUCAUUGCUAUAGGCACAUCAUAGAAUGGAAGAUGAUGUGUGUUUUCUAUUCUUUCUCAGUUCCGCGUUCUGUUUAGUUAUUGAAAGGUAAGAUUAAUUACAGUAACUUAUUGACAGUGGAGCAGUGUGGAAAUUAUUUAAAUUUCAAUGAAAGUAAAUCUCAAUAGCAGAAGUGGACAAUGUUGAAAUGAUUAUUACUCCUGCAAUAAAAGCCACACAGUUGUCCAUCUGACUCAGUUUGCUGGUCCUAUAUUUCAUAAAUAUAUUAGGAAAUGUUUGACAUGACAAUACAGUUAUAAGAUUUUAUGGUCUGUUUCUGACAAUAGGUGCCAUGAGAUAGGUAGAGUGAUAAUUACAGUAAGCAUAUUGUUGUAAUAUCUAGAUCAGUGUUUCCCAACCCAGUCCUCAAGGCACACCUACCAGUCCAGGAUUUAGGGAUUACCCAGUUGUGUCUAAGGUGUUUUUACAAAGAAGAAAAAAAACACCUUAGACACAACUGGGUAAUCCCUAAAUCCUGGACUGGUAGGUGUGCCUUGAGGACUGGGUUGGGAAACACUGAUCUAGAUCACUCUGCAAUGGAGCGCCCAAAAUAUGGAACGAGGAAGCAAUAAAUGACUCAAUUUAGUCUGAAGUGUAGGAAGGCAAAUAAAAAGGAGGAAGACGGGAAUGGAGAAUAUUAUAUACGGUAUACAACUUCACCAUUAAAUGAGUUAAAAAAAUUGGGCAGAUUUAUAUUACAUCAGUUUUACAAACGAAGUGGCAAGCAAGACGGUCAAAUUAUGUCAAAGUGAAAGAGUAAUGAAAAUUCACUAAAUUGCCUCCCUGUUAGCUUCUUGGUCUAUCUUCCCCGUGACUUCUUCCUUCUUGCUGUAAAGAUUUGUGGGUCAUCCCUGAGAACUGUGGUCAUAGCUAGUAAGUCCAAACUCUGGAGGAAUGCUUCUGGAUCUUCUGCAGAGGAUAGGGUAAGUAUGUUGGCACCCUGCUGUACCACAAGUGAGCCAUCUGCGUUCCAUCGGUAUCUAAUGGACUGCUCUUUCUAUUUCUCCUGGCUGCCGGAGCCAGUUGCCUCUUCUCAGUUAAAACAGAAAAUGGAAGGUCACUAUAUAUAGCCACAGUACAUCCUUCAAAGUUCGCAGUUCCCAGUGAUCUAAAACUAGCCAUAAUGGUGGCUCUAGCCGCUAUGUCUGCUCAUUUUGUUGUAUUUAAAGUCUGAGUUUGAUAAAAACAGAUAUGCAGAGAGUCCGUGGGUAUGACUGGUAGAUUCAGAAAGAACAAAAUGUAAAAGUGAAUGUGAUCAAUCUGGAAUAAGAGUAAUAUAAAUGGAAUUUGGAGGUUCAUAAACAUUUCUGUGAAUUGCAGCGUUGACAGAAUCCGGAGCCAUGUUCAUGGGAUAUGACAUCAGCUCGUUUUUAGACCAAACAGCAGUUGGUAAGAAAAGGUAUGUGAGUAUUUUAAGCAUCUUAAAUAUACAAUGAGAUUUAACAACAUGUCGUAACACUUUUGUGUCUAAUAAGCGGCCCAGUUUCUUAAAUCUGUUGGCUAUUUUCAUCUGUUGCUUUUUUUGUGUCCUAAUCGUUUUUUGAGUUCUAUUUGACUUCACUUUUUCUCACCACUGUAAAUUUUCCAGUUUUCUGGAAUAUAAAUUGCUGCAAAAACUAAAAAGAAAACCAUCAAUUUUAUGGAAUUUAACCGUCACUUUUCAGAAGACUUUGACGAAUAUUCUCUUAUGUAGCAAUAAAUAAUUCUAUUAAUAAACAGUAAUGGAAUGCUGCGUAUGGCAAUGAGCAACAUAAAGUGUAAUUCAAUACAUUUAAUGCCACCAGCCUCCUCACAUGUUGUCAGCAUCAAGCAUUGCCUGCACAAGGAAAAAUUUCAAUUUUAUUUAAUAAAAUGAAAAUUCAGGAUAAAUUCACAGUAAAUUUUAAAUUUAAGAUCAAACAGCCAACUGGAAGCAUUAUCGUAGUCAGUUGUGCUUUACAUUCAGCUACUCUGGCUUUAAAUGGGAAAUUCACUUUGAAUACACCUUGAACUCUCACUUAAUUGAGUAAAUAACCCAGUUUGUUUUCAAUAUAUGUAGUAAGAGUGUAAUUUAUCAGUACAGUCAAUGCCUCAGUGCUGUUAUAGUUCAUCCACACAGCUUUUAGAUUUGCAAUACUAGCCACUGAUUGUUAAAUUGUACAGAGCUGCAGAAUAUCUGAAAUCAUUCACUCACUUAUCAUUUAUUCAUUCAUUCAAUUAUUUAACAAUUUUGUAUACUGCCUUUAUAAUUUAUAAACAAUAUUAAGAACAGUAAAUCUGUAUGUGUAAUUAUAACAGUCAGUGCUGUUAUAGUUCAUCCACACAGCUUUUAGAUUUGCAAUACUAGCCACUGAUUGUUAAAUUGUACAUAGCUGCAGAAUAUCUGUAUUCAUUCAUUCACUUAUCAUUCAUUCAUUCAAUAAUUUAACAAUUUUGUAUACUGCCUUUAUAAUUUAUAAACAAUAUUAAGAACAGUAAAUCUGUAUGUGUAAUUAUAACCAAGGUAAUACUAUUUUCCUUGUAUUAUUGUAGUGUAGAAAACCCUAAAAGCUGGUCAUUGUCCUCACGAGCAUCGUACAACACAGUUUGGGAAAAAUUUGCUAACCAGACAGUCAUUGAGAGAGACACCUUCCACCAGGGCACAUUUCCCAGUGGUUUUACAUGGGGAACAUCUACUGCGGCCUUCAAAGUGGAAGGAGGUUGGGCAGAAGAUGGGAAAGGAGAAAGCAUAUGGGACACAUUUGGCCAGAAUAACCAUGCAGAUAACAACGCAACCGCCAAUGUGGCCAGUGACAGCUACUACAAGACUGACUAUGAUGUGUAUCUUUUGAAGGGUUUGCAGGCCAAAACAUAUCAGUUCUCUUUAUCUUGGGCUAGGAUUUUUCCAACAGGUUUCAACACUAAAGAGAAUGCCAAAGGAGUAAAAUACUACAAUAAAUUAAUCAACCGUCUGCGAGAUGCAAACAUUGAACCGAUGGUCACCUUGUAUCACUGGGACCUGCCUCAACCCUUGCAAGAUCUCGGAGGCUGGCAGAAUGAGAUCAUUAUUGAUGCCUUUAUGGACUAUGCCGAUUACUGCUUCAGACAUUUUGGUGACCGGGUGAAAUUUUGGCUAACAUUCCAUGAACCUUGGGUUGUUAGUUAUGCUGGUUAUGGCACUGGAGAGCAUGCCCCUGGCAUUAAAGAUCCAGGAAGUGCCUCCUACAAGGUAAGUUGAGUAGAAUAUUUUUUUAUGAAGAUAACAAUGCUGCAAUAAAAGAUUAAAGUUUACAUCAGUUGAUUUAGUUGGAAGUGAUAUUGCUGCUCUAAUUUUUGUUUAAAGCAAUAUGUUGCAUAUCAGGAUUUGAGAAGUGAUAUUACCGUGUAUUUUCCCUCGAUAUUUCUUCUUAAAAAAGGCUUUCCUGAAAUGCUGAAUUGUGACCCUAUUUAUAUGCUAUUCACGCUAUAUCAGUUACCAAAUAAUGACUUUUAACAUAGGUUAUCAUCCAUAUGCAAACAACCAAAAACAAAAAACCCCAGACAGGCUACUAUUCUUUGAUAUUUUUUACCCAUAUACUGAUAUUUUUAACCAUAUUGUAUGGAUCACCUAAAUAUGGACAAGGAACCUCUCGUAUUGAUUAUUAAUACUCAGAAACAUUAUGGUGACACUGUUAUUAUAUUACCCACAUUUCCUAUGUUUUCAGGUGACCCACAAUAUCCUGAAAGCGCACGCUAAAGCCUGGCAUGUGUACAAUGAUAAAUAUCGCUCCCAGCAGCAGGGCCAGGUGGGAAUCUCGUUGAACUCUGAUUGGGCAGAGCCACAGACAGCUAAUAACACAGAGGAUCUGAAAGCCGCAGAGCGCUAUAUUCACUUCAUGCUCGGUUGGUUCGCCCAUCCAAUAUUAAUUAAUGGUGACUACCCCGAGGGUCUCAAAACCCAGAUUCAACUGAAAAACCAGCAGUGUCCCAGCACAGUUUUCCCACUGCCCGUAUUCACAGAGGAAGAGAAAUCCUACAUUCAUGGCACUGCUGAUUUCCUAGGAAUCUCCCACUAUACCUCCCGACUGAUCCAAGCUUCCCCUAGCACCAGCUGUGUUCCUGAAUACCAUAAUAUUGGGGACUUUACAUCACAUGUGGAUCCAUCAUGGCCUGAGACUGCCUCUUCGUGGAUUAAAGUGGUCCCCUGGGGUUUCAGGAGGCUGCUAAACUAUGUGAAGGAGGAGUAUGUGAAAGACAACCUGAAGAUAUACAUAACUGGGAAUGGCAUGCCGACAACAUAUACUGUAGAGGUGUUUAAUGAUACAGCUAGGAAGGAUUACUUGACUGCCUACAUCAAUGAGGUUUUAAAAGGUAAAAUAAUUAACUAAUUAUUUUCUUUCUUAUUAUGAGAAAUGCAUUCUUGUGACAUCUGAUAUAUCCUUUGUUACUUUAUUUACAGCUGUCUCAAUUGAUGGUGUGUCAGUCAAUGGAUACAAUGUCAGGUCCCUUCUCGAUGGCUUUGAAGGAUCUCACGGUUACAGCCAGAGGUUUGGCUUACUCUAUGUGGACUUUGAAAAUGCCAACAGGCAGAGAACACCCAAAGAAUCUGCAUAUUUGUUUUCUAGCAUCAUCAAGAACAAUGGAUUCCCACAAACAAUACAGAGCAGGGCUGUAGUUCCAAUGCCAAGAUGGCCUCAUGAAAGAAGGAUAGCUCCUCUACCUCCAUCUGAUGUUCCUUCAAAAGCAAAAGUUGUAUGGGAAAACUUUUCUGGUCAAACUGAUUUUGAAAGAGACAUGUAUUUUCAUGCCACAAUGCCAGAUGACUUCAAAUGGGGAGCAUCAACCUCUUCCUAUCAAGUUGAAGGUGGAUGGGAUGCUGACGGGAAAGGUCCUAGUAUUUGGGAUACAUUUUCCCAUGUUCCUGGGAAUGUUGCUGAUGAUAGUAAUGGGGAUGUUGCCUGCGACAGUUAUCACCUACUAGAUGCUGACUUGUAUAUGCUGAGGUCCUUAGGGGUUAAAAGCUACAGGUUUUCCCUGUCUUGGUCUAGAAUUUUCCCAACUGGACAAGGCACCCCUAAUGCUAAAGGGGUUGAAUAUUAUAACAGACUUAUUGAUGGCCUACUUGCAAGCAAUAUCUUCCCUAUGGUAACACUGUAUCAUCAUGACCUGCCUCAAGCUCUUCAAGAUAUAGGUGGCUGGGAAAAUGUAACGGUGGGUGAUGCAUUUCAUCAUUAUGCUGAUUUUUGUUUUGAUACCUUUGGAGAUCGGGUGAAGUUUUGGGUGACAUUUAAUGAGCCCCAUACUACUGUAACAAUUGGAUAUGGAAUAGGCAGCAUUCCACCUGAAGUCAAAGAUCCUGCUUAUGCACCAUACAGAGUAGCUCACCACCUGUUGAAAGUACAUGCCAAGGUGUACCGUACCUAUGAUACAAAAUAUCGGCCAACUCAAGGAGGUGUAAUCUCUCUGAGCCUUAAUACAGACUGGGCUGAACCCAAAGACCCCAGUAAUCUAAGGGAUAUAGAAGCUGCUGACCGCUACCUACAGUUCACGUUAGGGUGGUUUGCUCACCCCAUCUUUAAAAACGGCGACUACCCAGAAGUUAUGAAAUGGCAAGUGGCAAAUAAAAGUGACUUGGAGGGUCUGAAAUCUUCCAGGCUUCCUGUUUUUACAGAGGACGAAAAAGCUGAGAUGCAGGGCACAGCCGACGUUUUCUGCAUUAACAUCUACUCGACAACAAUAGUUACUCACAAAGCAAUGAGGAUAACCCCAGCAUCUUUUGAAGGCGAUAUGGAUGUUGAAACUAGUAUCAAUACACUCUGGCCAUCAACAGCGCUUAGUGAGCACAGGGCAGUGGCCUGGGGACUACGAAGACUACUAAACUGGAUAAAAGAAGAAUAUGGAGAUAUUCCAAUUUAUAUCACUGAGAAUGGUGUGGCUACAGACAAUAGCAAUGAUUAUGAUGACACCAACCGCAUCUUUUACUAUAAGACCUACAUAGACGAAGCUUUGAAAGGUAAAUAGCAAAUUCUAAUUAGUAUUAUUGAUUAUAUAUAACAUGUGAACUAGGGAGUGGUAUAAAUCCCCACUAACAAAAAUGUUUACAGGAAUAUUCUAAUAUCAUACAUAAAUAAGUUUAUUUUUAACUUUGCAUUUAAUCUUACCUUUAUUACAGCACUAGAAUAGACUACACUUAGCAGCCUUCCUGCUUCCAUUAAGUCAUCGAUUUUUAUGUCUUUGGUCAAGUCCAAUGCUUCUCAAAGAGACAGUGCUCUACCAAUACAGUUCUUCCUCAGUAAAGCAUUUAAUCCAUUUUAAACAUGUCUUAAAUAUAAUAUAAUAUAAGAGUUUUAUUUACUAAACAAAAAAAUAGUGGAAUUUGACCAAUGAACUAAAAAUUUUGGAAGAAAAUGGAAACUUAUUUAGCUCAAGUACUUAAAUAAAAAAUACUGUUCUUUUGUAACAAAAUUUCAGUGGUAGGCAACCUUGCACACAGCCACACUGUGUCUCUGUGUGACACUGUACACAACCAAAACAGAAUUACUCUAUCUCAGGAUGGUAAAUAAUUCUUGCAUCUCUCACACUGUCCACUUCUGCCUACCUCCACCUCCGUCAGGACCAAGUAUGGUCCCCUUCCACCCUCUAGGAGGCGGGAGAUCCCAGACUUGGGGCAACUGACCUUUUAUUAAUAUGAAUGCUUGAAACUGAAACACAUACUGUUGUGUUGCCUUUCUCUCCAUUCAGCUCACAGUAUCGAUAGGGUGAAUUUAAAAGGAUACACUGCUUGGUCUCUUAUGGAUACUUUUGAAUGGAACGUUGGCUAUAGAGUGCGGUUCGGGCUCCACCAUGUGAAUUUUCAGGACCCUAAUCGGCCAAGAACCCCUAAACGUUCUGCUCUGUACUAUGCUGAUGUUAUACGGAACAAUGGGAUUUCAUUGGACAAAGAAGAUGAGUUUCUCUAUGGACAUUUCCGCUCAGAUUUUGCCUGGAGUGUAGCAUCUGCAGCUUAUCAGGUAAAUACAUCUGAUACAUCACUAAGCUUAUCUUCCGUGUGCCUUGUGUUAAAAGGAACAAACUCAAAAACAAAAAAAUUCAAUUUCGGCCCUCCCCCCAACAAAAACACUUUUAAUAUACUAUACCUUAAUAUGUUUGAUAUCAUUCCAUUGUUUAGUAAUUCGUUUAAUGUAUCACGUUGUGUGCCUCACUGUAACUAACGCAAAUUGAAGUUAAGAAGAUGAUGCAAAGUUUGCAGCUCCUUAUGAUGGGACCCAUCAAAGUGGAAGUCAUGUAGUGUAUGGAUAUUUUCAGGUGAGAUGUGGGAUUGGAAAUAUUCCACAUUCCUACAUUUUAUUAAAUCACUCAUUUCUUAAUAUGUGUUGGGUUUCCACGUCGAUGGAAGUCCAGGAAAGGGUGUAAGUGAUCAAAGAAGUUUAGUAGUGUCAUGAGGGAAAGUGGAUCAUUGUAGAAUACAAAUGCGGACUAUUAUUGAUACGUUGUAACUUUAACAAGGCAAGAGGCCCCAUCUUGAACAAAACACAUCUGCCUGUAUUGUACUGUCUUCUUUUCAUCAAAAUCAAAUAUUUAUUGUAAUUUACAUAAUUAAGGAUUGUCAUCUAGAUGUUCCUCUUUACUAGGGAAGUGAUUGUGUUGGAGGCAUACAGUCCUUAAUUUACAACAAUUCACACUGACAUCAAGACAGAGCCUAUUAUAACUAUAGCCCUAACCACCCUUUAUAUCAUGGCAGAGUCACGCUUGAUUGUGGUGUCUCUCUUUCCCAGUAAACUGAGUAAGCACUCAAUGUAAAGCUGCUCACUUUCACUCCAAUGUGUUUUGUUCGAUUUUAUUUUACAUAAAAAGUGCAUUUUAGAAAACUUUGUAGAUUAACUGUAUCAUAUUGGAAUAUAGAAAAUUCAAACAGCGUGUUUGGAUAGUAUAAAAUAUGUAUGUAAAUAAUUAUACAAGACUCUAUAGGACUCUAAAUGUCAAGUCCAGUGCUACUAGUCAGUCCUAAAAUGUACUUGCCACUGCAAGCAUGUAGGGUUUAUGGCUCACUGACCAGGGGUGAAUUUCUAUUCACACAGAUAAGGGGAAAUGUGUGUGUGUGUGUGUAUAUAUAUAUAUAUAUAUAUAUAUAUAUUUAUUUAUUUUUAUUUUUUUUAUGUUACAGCUUUUUUUCUUACAUCAUUCCAGGAACUUAACCUAAGAAAAGUAUGAGGACACCCUUGAAAAGUGAUAUAACGUUUUGCUUGUGUUCGACAGAUUGAAGGCUCCUGGAGGGCUGAUGGCAAAGGUUUGAGCAUUUGGGAUAAGUUUGCCCAUUCUCCAUUCAGAAUAAACAAUGAUGAAAAUGGAGACGUGGCCUGUGACAGUUACAACAAGCUGAAAGAAGACAUAGAACUUCUGAAGUACCUGAAAGUUACACAUUAUCGAUUUUCAAUCUCUUGGCCACGAGUUCUACCUGAUGGUACAACAAACCACGUAAAUGAACGGGGACUGAACUACUACAUUCGACUUAUUGAUGAACUACUGGCUGCCAAAAUUAUACCCCAGGUGAUCAUUUAGAUCUGUCUAAUGUUACAUGUAACACGCAUAUGUUAUUUUUAUUACAAUAAAUACAUUUAAAAAAAAAAAACAAUUAAUAACCCCAGUUUCUAAUUUCAUGAACACAUUUUUGGAAACUAACUGACAGAUCUUGUUUGGGCCCCCUAAAAAAUGGUGGUUUCAAAUUAAUUUUAAACACAUUUGCUAAAAUAUUCAGCUUGAGUAAGGAAAUUAAAAUCUAAUUCUAUUAGUUUGAAGACACAGUUGCUUUUCUUUCAGGUUACAAUUUAUCACUGGGAUCUUCCGCAAGCUCUGCAAGAUGUUGGGGGCUGGGAGAAUGAAACUAUUGUGCAACGAUUUAAGGAAUAUUCGGAAUUCCUUUUUGACAGACUGGGAGACAAAGUGAAGUUCUGGAUAACACUCAAUGAACCAUACAUUAUUGCCAAUCUGGGUCACGGGUAUGGCUCAGCAGCCCCAGGUAUGAACGUACCUUGUUAUUUAACUAUGGAUAAAACAUAGCAGUCUGUUAUUAUUUAAGGGGAAAUUGUGAAUUAAAUCAAAUUAAUUAUUAAUCACUCAGUCUUGAUUAUGGUUAUUGUUCAGUAAUUCCAGUUAAAAAAUAAAUACGUUGCGGGCGGAGCCAAGCAGCAAAACCAAAGGUCCACGUGUUGUUACAGCUUUGCACUAAACGGCUAAUUUUAUACAAAUCCCCACGGGCACCUGAAACGGAUCCACAGGCAGGCAAUAGCACCGUGGGUCAAAAGACCAAGAAGCCAAAUCCUAAAAAACCGAGGAUGAGCAUGAAUAUAGGAGGUCUUUGGCGACAGGCUAACAGUGCCAUGGAUACCAAGAUGGCCACCUUCACUGACAAUGGCUCAGGCAUCUCGGAGGAUUUCUCAAUAGGGGUAGAGGAGGAACAGCUACCUGUACUGUCGACCCCCAGGAGGUCUCCUUCCUCAUCAGACUCAGCCCCGGUCACGAUGGCGGUCAUCAAGGAAUUGCUAGCGGGUUUCCAGCGCACAAUCCAGACUGAUAUGGCCCAAAUACGCCAAGACCUGCGUGGCCUAGCGGGCCGACUGGGAACACUGGAACAAGACACCUGCCAAAACGCACAGCACACGGCGCUCCUCCAACAAGAGGUAGGUGAGCUACAACACAGAAAUAAGGUUCGCUACAAUGGAGGAUCAAAGGCGAAGUUUAAACAUCAAAAAGGGGAAUACCCAAAGAAGUACCCGAUGUAGACCUGCCACAUCUGGUGAGAAGACUCCUGAUGGCACUCCUGCCACCCAAACAGGCAAAGGCAGUGGAAAUGGAGGGGGUGUUCCGCUUACUGAAGCCAGCCAAAGCACCAUCCGCGAUGCCUAGAGACUUGCUGAUCCGAUUUCAAAGGAGCAGAGACAGGCUGGCUGUUAUGAAUGCAGUACGGCACCACUCUCCAUACUCAUUUGAGAUCAUGACACUCUCAUUCUACGUGGACCUGUCUGGGAGCACACUGGCAUGGCGUCGCAUACUCCAGCCCUUCAUGUCCGCACUUUGAUCAAACAACAUCAAUAUAGCAUCUACCCCAUCCAAGAUAAACAAGGCGCCAAGGGGCUCCUACACACCUUGGAUCUCCCACCUGACUCUCUAACUACCACUGGGCCAAUAGUACCCAAGGCCCCAACCCAGGCCUGGAAUCCUGCCACAGCAACUCAGCUUGUCCCCCCAGUAACCCGCGGCAGAAACAUAUACGGUUACCACCUGAGGAAACCCAGACAGCCUGCAGUGCCAGGCUUGACUCUUCCUCUUUCAAAUCGCUGUUUUAAUUUGCAAAUAAUCCAAUUUUUUGUUAGUUUAUCAUGUUAUUAGUUUUAACAGUUUCUUUGGCACCAUAUAUCAGCUAGCUAUGUUUAAUUGCAUGCACAGCACCUUAUAAGGGCCUGUAGGUAUGCCCUAACUUGGCCACACUCAUUCUUUGGGCCCAGGCCUGCACCUUACUUCAAGCAAAAUUGUUGAACCAACCCCACCCCGUCGCUGAGGGGUAUUCCUCCUGAAAAGCGACAACCUGUAAAACACUCUAACUAUACCCAGCAAGUAUGUACCCUAUAAUUAAAAAAAUAACCUAAUCUCCAUGGUGGCAGCAGCCCACCCACUGAGUAACCGCCCAACUUUUACCGAUUAAACUACCCAACUACUACCGACUCAGUCACCUGUAAGGCCCUGGCAGCCAACCUACCGACUACAGUUCAAACUACCUAAAUAUUCAGCUAGCACUAGCAUUGGCCCACACAGCCUCCUAUGUAACCCUAAGGGAGACACCUCGCUAUAGACACACUUAGACCACUUACUUAGGCUGCAACUCCACAUAUAUGUCUUGACUAUCUCUUAAAUGUAUGGCAAUUGUUUUGUGUUGUUGUUUCGUUAUUCUCUUUCAUAUAUGAACUAUGCAUAAUAUGUGGUUUAUCAACAACACGUGAUCUCAUCUAUGCAAACUACAUCUUCUUCUUUAAAAAAUAUAAAAAUGAAAUAUGAUACCUACGGUUGCCAUAAAGGGCAUGUUCUGUGAUGUACUACUCUACACUAUUAUGCCAUUGUGCCUGUUAUGCAAGCUAGUACCUAAAAAAUAAAAUAAAGAAUUAUAAAAAAAAAAUAAAAAAUAAAAAUACGUUAGCACGUUAAUGGUUUAAAACUCUAGAUACAUUACAUGUCAAUAGCACAUACAAGAGAUCAUUAUUAAUCACUAAAGCACAGGAAGUAACCCAUUUGUAGUUUUGGUACCCCCUAAACUUUAUGCCAGAAAUAGUGGAAAACUUUGACUAUAAUAGGUUUCUGGGUUUCUGUUGAUAUGAAUGUAAUAUUUAUGUUGCCCCCUUUGUCACAUUCUCCCUCAAAUUAACAAACAUUAUAACAAUAGAUCUCUUUAACCAUUAAAAUUCUAAUGUCAUUGUUAAUGCAAAAGAGAAUAUUUGUAUCCUGAUGUUUUAUUCCAAAAACCAAAGGGAUUAAAUGCAAAAGUCCCUCAUUCCACUAUAAUAAAUACAGAAUGUACAGCCAUUCGCUGGACCAAUCAGAGUAGUUUAAAUAUGAAAUGUAGUGAAUUCAAACCAAGUUGCUAAAUCUAGGCUAAAUAGGCCAGCUAUGUUUGCCUAAAUUUUCUUACAUGGUUUUCAGUUCACAAUAAUUCAGUGUUUAUUGAAGAUGUUUUUAAGUAACUUAUUGAAGAGAUCUUGUGUCUUGGCUCUCACUGUGAUAGGGCUAUAUUACCUAUCAGCCACAGAAACCACUUAUCUGAAACGUAACUUUUUAAGAGAGGUGACAGGGUGCAGAUGUCCGUAGCAUGACAUUAAUACCAUUCACUUUAAUUUAUGGCGUGCCCACUUUUUCCACAAUAUUUUGUAAAUGUUAAACUCACUAUUUGCCUAGGAACAUCCCCAUAAGGUCGUCAUUUUUUUUUUUGGAGACGGCACUUGUCUUUGUGCCAAAGAAGUUUUAUUUAGCCACAAUUUCAUAAUUUAACUGUUUGUACAUUUUCAUGACUGAUAACCUAAAUACAAGUAUAUGUAUGAUAUAUUUCUAUAUAGGAUUAAUUUACUUUUAUUCACUCUACUAAGGAAUUUCAUCAAGACCCGGUAUAUUACCUUAUAAAGUGGGACAUAACCUCAUUAAAGCACACGCCGAGGCAUGGCAUCUCUACAAUGAUACCUACCGGGCCAAACAUGGUGGCAUCAUAUCGAUCACCAUUAACUCUGACUGGGCAGAACCAAGAAACCCCUACAAGCAGGAGGAUGUAGACGCAGCAAAGAGAUAUAUGAGCGUAUGUUGUCACCAUGCAUCUAUUUUAUUUUACUCAUUAAAAGUAUGCAAUUAUACUAAUUCUAAUGGGUAAGGCAGUGGCUGAGUGACAGGCAACAGAGGGUUGUAGUUAAUGGAAUAUAUUCGUAGCUUGGACUUGUCACCAGUGGGGUACAUCAGGGAUCUGUACUUGGGCCCAUUCGCUUUAAUAUUUUUAUUAGUGAUAUUGCAGAAGGUCUUGAUGGUAAGGUAUGUCUUUUUGCUGAUGAUACUAAGAUAUGUAACAGGGUUGAUGUUCCAGGAGGGAUAAGCCAAAUGGCAAAUGAUUUAGGUAAACUAGAAAAAUGGUCAGAAUUGUGGCAACUGACAUUUAAUGUGGAUAAGUGCAAGAUAAUGCAUCUUGGACGUAAAAACCCAAGGGCAGAGUACAGACUAUUUGAUAGAGUCCUAACCUCAACAUAUGAGGAAAGGGAUUUAGGGGUGAUUAUUUCUGAUGACUUAAAGGUAGGCAGACAAUGUAAUAGAGCAGCAGGAAAUGCUAGCAGAAUGCUUGGUUGUAUAGGGAGAGGUAUUAGCAGUAGAAAGAGGGAAGUGCUCAUGCCAUUAUACAGAACACUGGUGAGACCUCACUUGGAGUAUUGUACACAGUACUGGAGACCGUAUCUUCAGAAGGAUAUUGAUACCUUAGAGAGGGUUCAGAGAAGGGCUACUAAACUGGUUCAUGGAUUGCGGGAUAAAACUUACCAGGAAAGGUUAAAGGAUCUUAACAUGUAUAGCUUGGAGGAAAGACGAGACAGGGGGGAUAUGAUAGAAACAUUUAAAUAUAUAAAGGGAAUCAACACAGUAAAGGAGGAGACUAUAUUUAAAAGAAGAAAAACUACCACAACAAGAGGACAUAGUCUUAAAUUAGAGGGACAAGGUUUAAAAAUAAUAUCAGGAAGUAUUACUUUACUGAGAGGGUAGUGGAUGCAUGGAAUAGCCUUCCAGCUGAAGUGGUAGAGGUUAACACAGUAAGGAGUUUAAGCAUGCGUGGGAUAGGCAUAAGGCUAUCCUAACUAUAAGAUAAGGCCAGGGACUAAUGAAAGUAUUUAGUAAAUUGGGCAGACUAGAUGGGCCGAAUGGUUCUUAUCUGCCGUCACAUUCUAUGUUUCUAUGUAAUCACAGCAAACCCUGUCCAUGCAGUAUAAAUACACGAUUUCUGGCCUCUCAGUAUGUGACUGGGAUAAAGAGGCAUUAACAGACGCAAUGGAUGAUUUAUGAGACCCAGUUACAAGACGGGCAUUGCUUGGUACUCCAUCUAUGCCAAUAAAUGACUCUUGGGAAUCGUGGAGGUGUUGGAUUAUAAUCCAAAACAGCUGGUGGUACACCGAAUAUUCUCUAUUGUGUUGUAGUAGCAGAGAAUUAAUGAAAGUCAGUUAAAUGGCCUACUUUUAGAAUAUGAAAAAAGUGAACUUAAAGCAUACCUCAAGUGGUCCAGACAAAUAUAUGUUAAAGGGACACUAUAGUCACCAGAACAACUACAGCUUAUUGAAUUUGUUCUGGUGAGUAGAAUCAUUACCUUCAGGCUUUUUGCUGUAAACACUGUCUUUUCAGAGAAAAUGCAAUGUCUAGAUUACAGCCUAGUGAUAACUUCACUGGCCACUCCUCAGAUAGCUGUUAGAGAUCCUUCCUGGGUCAUGGCUGCCUAAAAUGCAUUCAAACAUUCAGUGUCUCCUCCCUCUGUAUGCAGACACUGAACUUUCCUCAUAGAGAUUCAUUGACUCAAUGUAUCUCUAUGAGGAGAUGCUGAUUGGCCAGGGCUGUGUUGGAAUUGUGCUGGCUCUGCCCCUGAUCUGCCUCUCUGUCAGUCUCAGCCAAUCCUAUGGGGAAACACUGUGAUUGGAUCAGGCCACCACUUCUGAUGGUGUCAGCAGGCAGUGGGCAGGUCUAAGGGAAACAUUGACAAACUAUGCAGCUGCAGGCUUGAAUUCAAGAAUUCAAGAUUUUACUUUAUUUUUAGAGGCAUGAGGGGCCCAGGGGGGCUAGAUGGUGGUUUUAACCUUAUAGAGUCAGGACUACAUGUUUGUGUUCCUGACCCUAUAGUGCUACUUUAAAUGAAAAAGCAGGUCCCUAAAAUUUCAAGUUUUACACUAGCAGCCAGGUGUUAAAGGUACUUGCCACUGCAAGCCUAGAUUGUCCAUGGCACACUCUUCACUCACCAAUGAAUAGUGGGUGAGUGGAUAUCUGGAGCCCUGAAAAAGGAUAACAUUUCACAUUUAAACUGUGUUUCCAGGAUUGCUAGCCGAAUGUAUAGAUUGUGCAAAAAAAAAAAAACUAAAGAAAGAUAUGGACUCUAAUCUCACCGGUAAAUAAAAUUUUAACCCAGUACUAACGAGUGUUACCUUAGUGCAUUACUACAAAGUUCUAAAAGACAAAUACAAAAAAAUUCAGUGUUUAGUGAUAUGACUAAAAACAAGGACUAUAGGCGCUCUCUAUAGUGCAAUAGAUAUGUUGGGGCUGCUGUAUACAAUACAAGGAUUCCCAAGACCUCGUGUGGUAAUUGAACAGAAAAAGAUAUGGCGUGUACCGCGCCCAAAAUCAUACGUACAUAAAACUUCAGAGGGUAUGAUGUUAUAAACCUCAGGAUUAUACAAAAAAAAAGACAAUAAUGGUACAGUACAAUUUGAUAAAGUACGGAUAGUCGAUAUAGUAACUAUAGGAGAACCACUCACAUUUGGUAGAGCUAUAUUAGAGCUCUGCUGUAUUGCGCGUGGGCAGUUUAAUUCCCGUCUAAGGAUAUAUGGUGGUAUAAGUAGUGCUGGUCCUCCAGAUGCAAAUGUAGAUAUGGGUGGUGAAUAUGGAAGUAGAAGAGCAGAAAAAUCUGAUGGUGAAGUAAGUACUUUAUAUUUGAAUUUUAAGAAGAAGUAAUGUACUUACAUUUUUAAGAGCAAGGCCUGCUCUAGCUAUCACAGCAUGGGUGGGAUAAUCCCCACCUUGGGAUAUGAUGGUACCAGGUAGCAAACGGGAAACAAAAUAGUUAUAUGAAUAAAAAUAACUAUUUAUUAUAAAAAGCAUAUUAAAACAUAGCAUAGUUUUAGUGAUAUGACUGUCCACCUAAAUUUACAGAGUGAGAGUGCAGCACUACAGGGUAAAUGGACACUUGUCCUUCAGUACCACAUGUUAGAACGAUGCUGUCAUAAAGGUCAAACCAAACCAAAAAGUAUAUAUAGUGUGAUAUUGUUAAACCAUAUGCAUAAAUAAUAUUUUUUCAUAUCCCAACUCCCAUUCUUUGGAGCCUCUUUUGAUACAGGCUCUAAACAAGCAGAUUUUCGUGCACUAUUCCAGGUGGCAACCAGACCUUUCUUCAAAUUGUAGUUAUUAAUUUAUAUAGCAAAUCCACAUUCCUUCAAAUUCUCACCUUAUUCAGAGUCUGUGAACCUGGCUCUGAGAAUAAGCACUUUGUGUCAAACUAUUGGGGUUACACUCCACCUUCAGGACCAGGAAAUAAAAGUGCUCCGUGCAACAGGAUUAAGGUAAGUAUGAAAUUAUAACUAUGUAUUGAACAUAAAUAAAAAUGAAUAUAAAAAAAUAUAAAAACAUAUAAAUAAGUCCAAAGUAAACCUCUCUCCUUAGCCAAGACGCGUUUCACCCUCCUUGGGCUUUCUCAAUCGGCAUGUCGCUGUGCUGUUCCUGGUUCCCCUUUUGAAUGAGGCUUGGGGCCACCUUCCUGUCCCUCUGAACCAAUCCUUUCUUUACCUGCUCAGCGGUUCUUCUUUCCUAGUGUGAGUUCCGGCUGUUUGUAAUUCUGUGCUGUAAUCCCAAUUAUUUCAAUUCCCCGACUACAUAGUCCAUAAUCCUCCGGUUCCGGAAGUGACAUGAUAUCCCAUUUCGUCACUUCCGGUUAUUUGUGCACUACAGACCUGGGGGAAAGAAAUAUAAAGUGUCCAUCGGCUAAAUGCCGGCACGUCACUUCCACUUUAUGACGUGACGUGCUGUGUGGCUACAUUACCCAUAUUGCUAAUGUUGCCACCUGGAAAAGUGCUCGAAAACCUGUUUGUUUAGAGACUAUAUUAUUGUUAUUAUUGCCAUUUAUAUAGCACCAACAGAUUCUGUAGCGCUUUACAAUAUUAUAAGUGGGGGGAUUUAACUAUAAAUAGAACAAUGACAAGAAAACUUACAGGAACGAUAGGUGGAAGAGGACCCUGCUCAAACGAGCUUACAGUCUAUAGGAGGUGGGGUAUAAAACACAUUAGGAUGGGAAAUAGCAAUUAAAUAAGGUGGGAGUGAAGCAGAGCUGGAGGAGAGAGUAGAGUGCUGCCCUUUAGGAGAGAGAAAGAGACAGGUAUAUGAGGUAGAGGUUACUCUGGGAGGCCAUAAGCUUUCCUAAAGAGAUGGGUUUUAAGGCACUCCUUAAACGAUUGAAGACUAGGGGAGAGUCUGAUGGCAGUAGGCAGGCUAUUCCAUAGGAAAGGAGCCGGCCGCAAGAAGUCCUGCAAGUGUGAGUUGGCCGUAUGCGUACAGACAGGAGAAGGUCAUGGGCAGAGCGGAGAGGCCGAGAAGGGACAUACCUAUGGAUCUGUGAAGAGAUAUAUGAGGGGCUAGAAUUGGUCAAUGCUUUAUAGGUAUUGGUUAGUACUUUGAAUUGACUCCUAUAGGAUACAGGAAGCCAAUGUAAGGACUGACAGAGGGAAGAGGUGUGAGAGGAACGACUAGAGAGGAAAAUCAGUCUGGCCGCAGCAUUCAUUACAGACUGUAGCGGGGCAAUACGGCUUUUGGGAAGACCAAUCAGGAGAGGGUUACAAUAAUGCAUGCGGGCAAUUACUAGAGCAUGGACAAGCUCCUUAGUAGCAUCUUGCUUAAGAAAGGCGCAGAUGCGGGCUAUGUUUUUAAGAUGGACUUUACAGGAUUUGGUAACAUACUGGAUGUGAGGCUCAAAGGUGAGGCCAGAAUCAAGUAUGACACCAAGACAGCGCACUUGCAAGGAUGGACUGAGGUGGAUACAACUAACUUAAAGGGAGAGCUAAAGAGUAGGAUCAGUAUUAGGAGAAGGAAAGACAAGGAGCUCAGUUUUAGAGAGACAGGGUUUCAGAAAACAGGAGGACAUCCAGUCAGAGAUGGAAGAAAGGCAAGCAGUGACACGUUACAGGACGGCAGGGGUAUAUAUAAAAAAAAGGCUCUAAAGAAUGUGAGUUGGGAUAUGAAAAAUUAUUAUUUAUGCAUACAGUUUAACAAUAUUACACUAUAUAUACUUUUUGUUUGUUUUUUUACUUUUAUGACAAUAUCGUCCUUACAUGUGGUACUGAAGGACAAGUGUCCAUUUACCCUGUAGCGCUGCACUCUCACUCGGCAAAUUUAGAUGGAGGGUCAUAUCACUGAGUUUUUUGUAUUUGUCUUUUAGUACUUUUUGGGUUGUUUGGAGUGGCCCUUUUGAGUGUUUAACAGCAUCUGAAACUUAAUAUAUCUGUAAGCGCCUAGUCAUCACAUUUUUUGUAAUACAUUUUCAUUACUACAAAGUUCCCUGUAGGUGGCGCUGCUGGUGCUGGAUAGGAGGUAAGUAUUUAAUCAACAUCUCCUAAAGUCAUGGAAUAUAUAAUGUAUCACAAUGAUAAAUUAUAUACUAAAUGCCUAACGAGAUAUUAUUGCUUGAAGUGAACAUGUCCCGACACACUCACUUUAAAGAUCUAUUCCGGCCCUGCUAUUAAUUAGAGUGUGUAGUCUGGAUUUUUUUUUUCUCCAGAAAAGUCAAUUCUCAUUUAUCAGUAAAACGGAAAAUAUUUUUUUCAAUUUAACAAAAUAAAAAAAUUUUUGAGUUUCAAAUUCUUUGAUUAAUAAGUUAUUGUUAUUAACAGAACUGUCAUUUUUGAGAUUUAUGCACAAACAGAUAAUACACAAACAGUUAAAGGACCACUAUAGUGCCAGGAAAACAUACUCGUUUUACUGGCACUAUAGUGCCCUGAGGGUGCCCACACCCUCAGGGACCCCCUCCCGCUGGGCUGGAUGGCGAGGAAGGGGGUUAAACUUACCUUUAUUCCAGCGCCGGGCGGGAAGCUCUCCUUCUCCUCUCCACCUCCGAUCCUCCUCUUCGGCUGAAUGCGCAUGCGCGGCAAGAGCUGCGCGCGCAUUCAGCCGGUCUCAUAGGAAAGCAUUUUUCAAUGCUUUCCUAUGGACGCUGGCGUCUUCUCACUGUGAUUUUCACAGUGAGAAGCACGCAAACGCCUCUAGCGGCUAUCAAUGAGACAGCCACUAGAGGCUUUAGAGGCUCGAUUAACCCAUUUAUAAAAUGUUUAUAAAAAAAAGGGGUUAAUCCUAGAGGGACCUGGCACCCAGACCACUUCAUUAAGCUGAAGUGGUCUGGGUGCCUAGAGUGGUCCUUUAAUAACGGGUUAUGCAAUAUAUUUUCUUAUCUCACGCAUUUUUCUAUUAUUAUUUAAUUCAUAAGGAAUGCAUUUCAUUAAGGGCACGGCCAGGGCAAUCUAUGUAAAUUAAUUAACCCCUGCAGUGCCGUAGGUGGGGAUACAUGCACAUGUAUAGUACAGCAGGAUUAAAGGAAUGGCCAAGCUUACAUGCGCCCGUAUGUCAAUUCUCUGUAGAAAUGAUAAGCAUACUAUAGAUAUCAUGAGCAUUAAGUCACCUUGAACUCAGAAGUGCAGCAGAUGUAACUGUGUUUUUUACAUAUGUCUGCUGUUAGUUCGGGGCGAAACAAGGAACUCUCACUUCCGAAAAGUGACAGUUCAACUUUAUUUAAAAACUAUAAAAGUGAGAUACAACAUAGUAAAGUUUUGCUCUAGUGAUAGUCCUUUGUAUGCAGCAAUAAGUCAUGAGAAUGUUAUUUAUAAUAAAGGAUUUUCAUGUGUGCGAUGUAACCUGUGCAAACGCUUGCAAAUUUUCAUAUGGAUCCACUAUGCUGCUUGUACAUGCAAUUAACAGGUUAAAAGUUCAAUUUUUAAUUUUUUUUAAUCUAUUUUUUUGGGCUUAGUUUUACGGUGGAUGGUUUGCAAAUCCAAUUUUCAAGAAUGGUGACUACAAUGAAAUCAUGAAAUCCAGGAUUCGGGAGAGAAGUCUUGCUCAAGGACUUACGACAUCACGGUAAAAACAGAACAUCUUUGGAGACGAAUAUUUAAUUCUCUAUCACAAUAUUAUGGGGUAUUUUAACAAAAACAUUGUAUUUGUAUAAUUGUCUUUAAUUACAUGUAGACUUCCAGAAUUCACAGAGAGUGAGAAGAAACGGAUAAAAGGAACAUAUGAUUAUUUUGGAUUUAAUCAUUACACCACCAUCCUGGCGUCUCCCAUCAAUUUCCCACAAGCUAUCCAAUCAUAUGACGCUGACAGGUAAGACCUAACAAAAUAAUCUUGCUGUACAAUGUAAAGGUACGACUCUCCAUUACUUAGCUGCAGCCUGAAUGUUAUGUGUCACUUGUAUAUCUUAUGAUAUGCUACAAUAUAACUAUGAUGUUACUAAGAGCACCACAGACUGCUUGUACAGAGGACCUUGCAUUCUACAGCUAGAGAAACUGUAUUCCUGCUUACUGCUUUUUCAAACAAGCUUUGCUUUAUAAUGUUUGGGUGUAGACAACUCAUACUAAGCAUAAGAAAGUCAAACAAUUCUUUGCUAAGUGUUCCCCUACUAUCCCAUAUGUCCAUGGGGGGGUCCGGGAUGAUAAACACAAAUCUUUUCACUUUAUGUCCUGGUAUGUAGAGGUACAGAUUGGGGAAAAGAUCCUAUACCAGGGGGGCAAUCUCUUCUUCUUUAAGGAAUUUUCUGGAAUUUCUAUGGUAUCAGAAUCUGAUUUCUAUUUCUGCGAUACUCUGACUAUUCCUCUCUCUUAAUAUACACUCCCCCUCUUACCCCCCCAAUGCUUUUCUAUGGUGACGCACUGGACUGGGGCAGCAUUUUUAAUGUUAAAGUGUUCCUUUAAUGGUGCUCAUUUUAUGGACCUUUGGAAGAAUGACUGGCUGCAUUUACUUAGUCAGAAAUUAAACUUCUUAUUCUGAAAAAAAGUAUCUGGAGAUAUAUCCACUGAGCUAUCUCACGAGCUAGUAUUAACAAAUAUUCGCACCAUUUAAGAUUCAGUUAAUUUUGUUUCUUCCUAUUAAUCAGCCGUAUCACAUGUGCACAAUAGUUAUCCUGAAUAUCAGUGAGACACCCUUGCUCUUGUCUGCUUUCACAGGGCUGUGAAUCCUAUGACCGACCGAAGCUGGCUGGGUUCCGGCUCCAUUUGGUUGAAAGUGACACCGUUUGGUUUCCGAAGAAUAUUAAACUGGAUAAAGGAAGAAUACAACAACCCCCCAAUUUAUGUAACCGAGAAUGGCAUUUCGGAACGUGGGACAAAUCUGAAUGAUAAGUGGCGAGAACAUUACUACAAGCUUUAUGUGAAUGAAGCAUUGAAAGGUAACUGGAGAGACAAAGUGCAACGAAGCCCCAAAGCCCACCACCUGUUAUGUCUCACAAAUAUAUAUAUAUAUUAUAAUUAUUAUUUUUUGUAUGUUUGGACUUGAUGGUUUGCGGUUUAUUUUUUAUGUCUUUUUUUAAAUUGUGUAGCUAGAUUAUAAUGGAAAAUGGUUUCCUUGUUCCUUGCCACAGCUGUCAAGUACGAUGGUGUAGACCUCCGAGGAUACACAGCUUGGUGUCUAAUGGACAACUUCGAGUGGGCAACUGGAUACGCUGAACGAUUCGGCUUGUAUUACACAAAUUACUCAGAUCCAAACUUACCACGUAUUCCUAAGCAGUCUGCAGCGUAUUACAGAACUCUCAUGCAAUGCAAUGGGUUCCCUGACCCAGCCGAUGGACCUCAUGCUUGCCUGGAGACACCGUCAGAAGGUGAGUGAGCAGAGGACACUCCCCAUCAAAAAAGCCUGUAUAUUAGUGAAAAUAAAUAUAUGUCAUGAAUCCCAUGUUAGGUACAGCUUUCAACUAUUCAAUUAUAGAACUACAUGUUCCCAACGGGAGGUAGAUAUAGAAGAAAAAAACACAAUAGUAAAAAAGGCUAAAAAAUAACCAACAACAUUAACAAAUGUACAAACUUGCAAGGAGAAAAGCCAAAUUUUUUAUGAAAGGUGCCAGAUCAGGAAAUGCUUGGGAUCCAUUUUAAUAUACAUAAAACUGAGGAAAGCCCAAUAGUGUAGUAUAUCACAACAAUUUAUAGUACUAAUAAAUAGUAGAUCUUAUGUAGUCCUACUCACUCUCUUGUAGAUAAUGUCAUGCAUCUCAUAAUUAAUUAUAUGUGUGACCUACACAGAGUUAGAUAAAAGGCACAUACGUAAAUAUCAGGGACCAUCGAAAUACCUGUAAGACAAAUGCGUGAGUUGACAUCCGAAUGGCAAAAUUAAGGCCAGAUUAGCACAUAGCUCCAUUAUAGUCACAGCUAACCUAUUUUAGGCUAAUAUUUGAGAUUCCAUUUACAAUUCCCUGUAAUUAGGAGCUUAGUGAAUAACCCUGUAAAUGUUAUUUUAAUUCUCUGUCGAUGAGCGUAAACUUCAGACGAUUUCGGAAGUUAUAUCUCAAUUAUAGGUAAAGUUCUUAGUUUGAUUUACUUGCAUUAUGCGGUGUUAAUCAUUUAUAUGAAUUGUUUAAUUAUAUUUGCAGUAGAAGUCUAUGAAUUACAACAGAUCUUGUGAUGUGUGUGCUAUGUGUUAUUCUAGGUACAACUGCAAUUCCAGCCAAAACCUCUGGGGGUCACACUGCUGUCGUUACAGAGCCCAUAGAGAAAGAUGAAUCUGACUUCGUUGACUUUCUCGGUCUAGAAAUUUCUACUUCGGAUGCGAUGAUUGCUUUAUAUGUAGAAUUCGCCCUCUUAAUUGCAGCAGUUUGCAGCGUUAUCUUGCUUUCAGUCCUUUAUGGCAAGUUAAAGAAAAAAUAUAAGUUAGCAAAAUUACUGUAAGUGGUAAUGUCCCAUAAUAUACUGUGGUUUUUAAAAAAAACAUUUUGUAAAAUUCUAUACUUCUGACACUAAAUACACAACGGAAGAAAACUGACAAUUCAAAGUGAAUUCCGUACAAGCUCAAAUCGAAGGCCAAGGUAGCUGAAUUGGAAAAUUUAUUCAAGUCAGCUAGGCUUUCAGUUCGAUUACUUUGGCCUUGAAUGUUAAAUUCACUUUGAAUUGACUUUGGAUUUCCGAAAAUCCUCCAUUAGUAAAUAACCCUGAGAAUGAACAAUUAAAAUAUAUCUACAUUUCAAAUUAGAGCCCUCCUAUAUGUUUUAUCACAUAACAGUCCUCACAUGGCCUAUUCACAUAUCUUCAAAAUUCACACAUGCUUCUGGCCUUUAUUAUGAGACUUAUUCGUGACAUGAUCAGCUGUUACGGUCUUUAAUUGCUAAGCAGAGUUUGACAAAUUUCUCUAACUUGGCUAUAUUGGCCUGAAUAGAAGUUUCCUUUGCCUAAUUGAUAUUCGUAUCUGUUAUAUAUGUAUCUGUAUCUUUAUUAUACAACUGGCACGAUCCACAAAUUGUUCUGUAUAAUAGUACAUUCAUUAUAUUCCCCUAUGCUGCUAGCCACAUGUCAAAUCUGUGUAAUUUUUAGGACUCUGCUAAUGUGAAUCACUAAAUACAAAAUUGUGAAACAAGUAUAAUCUGUGUAAAUAAAUAUGCCCUCAAUAAACAUCAGAAAUGACUGACAUUUAUCUAUAUGUCGCCUCUGCUGUCUCAUUUCAUUACAAUCUUUAACAGAAUGCUGAUAAUUGUAUUCUCCAAGAAUGUAUGCAAGGGCCCACUGCAUAGCAGAUACAAAACCAGGAACAGACAUUUUCACGUUUUCGUUUGCAUAUUCUCUCCUCCACGUUAACACGUCUCCUUGGGAUUAAGUGCAAAUCUGUUUUAGAGAAAUAUAUAUCCCAAAGCACCUCUUUAAAGUAAAAAAAAUAAAUAAUAGAAAAUAAAUAAAUAAAAUUAAUAAUAUCAUUCACUAAAUUAAAUAUAUAAAUGUAGCUCAACAUAGCAAUAUAUAAAAAAAAAAAGAAAAACCAAAUCAAAACUAAAUGGGGGUUAAGAUUUUUUAAUUUGUGUGCUCUAAAUAGAUAUUUCUCAAUGGUUUUAAAAUUAUUUAAUCUUUUGUAUCUUUUUUCUUUUUGUUUUCACUUUUAAAUCAAAACCAUGUUUAGGUCACACGUCAUAAAAAAGAUGAACUUUAAAACGUGUGAUUCAAAGAACGCUAAACACAUUAUUCACAAUAUUAGUUCAUUAAUAGAAAAUGCAAAAAAAUGUUUAAUUCAGACUUUGUCAAGGCCAUGAUAUUCCCCAAAAGAGGAUUGCUUUGAUACACCACAAAAGAUCAAAUUUUCUUAAAGGAACACCAUAGCAUUAGGAACAUGUAUUCCUAGUUAGAUGACCGUCUCUCCCCCUCCCCCCUAAUGAAAUAAAAAAAAGGGAAGUUUACUCUCCUUUCUUCAUCAGUCUUGAUAAUCUCAGCCAAUCCAAUGCUUUCCCAUAGGGCAGAGAUCAGCAACCUAUGGCACGUGUGCCAUGCAUGGCAAUUGGGCUGCCAUUGCACGGCACUCAAGGUUGCCAGAGCAAAACAGGCUCCGACCUAUCAGGAGUCACAGUGAGAUAUCUGCUAGGACAACCUGAGCGGUGAUUGCAGGUGGCAGCCCCUGCUCUUGACCUUUAUCUGCACCUCAGGGAAUUCACUCACACUGCUAAAUACAAGCAUCUCUAGUAGAAGCCUCCCCCUCAUACAAAUAAUACAAAAACACACAGUACCCAAAACGGUGGUGUUCGGCGUAAGAAUGGGACCAGGAAAUCCCCCAGUUCACCCAACUUCAGCCCGGGGCUCACAGUGACAAUAGUACUCUGUGUAUUAACUGUGUUUUAGAGGGUCUGGGGCAAGGUCCAUCAUCUGUGGAAAGGAGGCUGGCCUCCAAGCCCCUUCACAAGCCCUAGGAGGCAUGGAGGCAUACGGUUCAAACGAAAUCUUCCAAAAUGCACUCCCAUAAUGUAUUAGGGGAGAUGUAGUCCACAACAUCUAGAGUUCCGAAGGUGUCCUAGCCUUGAGUAGGUGAACACUUAGACACAGUAACUGCAGAGCCAGACAUUAGUAGCAGUAAGCAGGUUGGAGACUGGUCAGUAUAUUUCGGCUGCGAAAAUCUACUGGCUCUUAAUAAUAAUGAUAAUAGUUUAUGGCUCAGAGUUCUGCUAUUUCGGAUUACAAUUUGAAAUUACACUUCAGAACAUUUUCUGGUUUGUGACUGACUUUAUUUACAAUAAAUAUUUAAUUGUUUUAUAAAAACCAAAGAGAAAAAGAGUUACCUGCGCUCAGGUUAUAUAGGUUAUUUAGUAACUCCAAUGGCCAUUAAAUGCAAGCCCAGCUUUUUUUUUGCCCUUCCUCACCUUUCUUCCCUUUUCUUUUUUUCAAUUGUAUUCCGCCAGCUACUGUUUUUAUUGACUUGUUGAUUUUAUGUCCUGUGUCCCACAAGGUCCACCUGGGCGGCAAACUUGUGGGGAAACUUGUAUGCUCCAUUAAACCUUCAGUUCUUACUUUACCCUCAAUGGUGCAGGGCCAGCAAGAUUAGGAUGAAAGAAUGCACGGAAACACAAGCCCACCAGAUCCUUUAUAUUGCUGUCAUAGGGUUUAUUAAAAUGGGUGAGCUUGCUAGUACUGAUAUCCCAUGAUAUCAUAUCGAUGUGGUUUGCUAUGACACUGCUUAAACUAAAUCAAUUCUAACGGUACAGCUUAAGCAGGGGAAGGAAACAUUUUAAAGGACCACUAUAGUGCCAGGAAAACAUACUCGUUUUCCUGGCACUAUAGUGCCCUGAGGGUGCCCCCACCCUCAGGGUCCCCCUCCCGUCCGGCUCUGGGGAGAGAAAGGUGUUAAAACGUACCUUUUUUCCAGCACUGGGCGGGGAGCUCUCCUCCUCCUCCUCUCCUCCCUUUUCGGCUGAAUGCGCACGCGCGGCAAGUGGUCUGGGUGCCUACAGUGGUCCUUUAAGAUAAAGGUUUUAAGCACAACAUGUCAUGCAUUUAGCUGACAGCUGUCUUGACAGGUAUCUCUGAAUCAAAUAAAUCGAUUUGUUGUAGAACCCAAUUAAAUGUAGUCUACCUGAAAUGGUUAUAAAACGCUUUCAUAGCUCCUGGAGACAUCUUUACAUAAAUCAAUAUGUUAUCUAACAAGACUUGUAAACCUACUCGCAUUGAGAUUAUGAGCAUUUAUGGCUGGAUUUAUGCAUCAUCACGUGUAUAAACUUCUCCUACAGUCCUUUUGUAAUCUUUUUUUUCCUGCUAUGUUUACUGGUUACAUGUGCUGAGCUAUCUUUUUCACACACCUAUUUUUAAAGUAAUUAAUUGCAUUUUACAACUACGCUACGUUUUUAUGUAAAUAUUAUUGACUUUGACCGGGCAAUAGAACAAAACAAACACUUUGCUUAUAAGGAAAAGUUCUCUUAUUUUUCACACAGCAAGACCCCUCUGUAUACUAUACAUGUUUAUGUUUGAGCAGUCACACAGUUGUCUAGGAAGUAACAGAACUUUAUAGUUGUAUGGUGAUUAUUAUACUAGAGACAUGCAUCGCAUGCAUGAAAAGCUCUAGCUAACCAUUAACUAACCAUGGUAGAAGGACAUGCAGUGCCAGUGGACGUGGCAAUACGAACUGUUGCAACAUGAAAAGGAAGGAUUGGUAAAAAACAUUUGUUUCUUGGGUGUUGAAUCAGACGUAAAAGACAUGCUGCUAAUCCCACUAUCCUGAGACUGCAGCACUAUCCUCACGGCUAACGUGUUCAAACUCUCGGAAGCCAUGGCACCACUGCUGAUAGUAGAUUAGGAAACAGGACUCCUUCCUGCACCCCUACUCUCCCUUAAUUUUGUUUUGGGAUUGGAACAUGACAUUGAUGAUGGUGGGCAUGUCUUUUUUACAAUAAAUUAGGGAUAUGAAGAUUGUGUAUACAACUUUACUGUUGCUAAAUGUGUUGGUUCCUGGUGGAUUUACUACGGUGAUGUUAUAACGUUUUACAUUAAGAAACACACUACUUUCCACGGCAGACAGCAGGGAUAUAGGAGACGUGUUGAGGCAGCCUGCACAGCCCAGAACGCUCCGUGCAGAGGAUCAAGGGGUGAGCACCAAGGCGCAGAGGGAGAAAGAACCCACGCUACUCACACAGGCAAGUCUUAUACAAUCUCUUGAGACCUCUCAUGGGUCGGCCCCCACUACCAAAAAUGCUUGAAAAUCCUGUUUGCAGACAUACAUAAAUUAUGGGCAGCAGACUUAAAACUGUUGAGAAAUUACAUACAAGCCAUCACAGACCGGGUGCAAACCGCCGAAGAGGACAUCCUUGACGCCACAUCAGACAUCAAAACCCUUAAAGAGACAGUGCACCAACUUCAAGCACACCACUCACACUUCUCCCUUCAACUCACGGCCCUAGAAGACAAACAGCGCUGAAACCCCAUUAAAAUACGCGGCCACCCUGAUGAAGUUACAGCCGUGGCGCUCCCACACUAUCUCCACAGGUUACCAACCACCAUAUUACCCCACGCUACCGCCAAAACGAUAGUCAUAGAUGGGGUACAUCGCAUCCAUAGCUCUACCAAACUGACACCUGGAGUAGCAAGGGACGUCAUCCUCAGAUGCCUAACCUUUCAAGACAAAACCCGAAUCAUGACAGACCUGAGAAACAAAACGCCUCUGGCCUUUGAGGGCUCCUCCUUGUCUUUUUUUUCCAAGACCUUACCAAAAGCAAACUACUCUGGCGCAAGUCGAUGGGUUCUGUCACCUCACAAUUGAGAAACGCAGCCAUCACCUACCGCUGGGGAGCCCCGGGGUCUCUAAUAGUACCCCACAAUGGAACUAAUCACACCAUUACCUCUGUCGAAGGGGCAGAACAGGGGACUGCAAUCUGACACCACCACCGAAAAUUGGGACCCAGACCACAUCACCCCCUUUGUCCCAAGGAAUGGCAACUCUCAAGCUACUAACACCUGAACACACCUGAGUCUGGAAAUGGAGAACUGUCUGCGAAAAAGCUUACUAACCCUGUUGAGACAUUGUUAUCUCUCUCUCCUCUAUUCUUUCAUACCUACCAUGUUUAUGUAGAACGCAUAGCAAUUGCAGACGACUAAUACCGAACUGGCCCACAACCUGAAGUCUCCUGACUUCUCACCCCCCAACCCCGCUGUCCCCUAGGUCAGGGGUACUUCAUAGAAACAGAGGUAUAACCCCCACACGCUGGGCGGUCUAACACUACUACUCCACACCUGAUAUGCCCGAUCUCAGGCCACCAGACAAUCUUUAGAAUGCGACCUGGGUGAACACCUACAAACCUCCAUGAGCUAAAAUAUGCUGACCCCCCUCCAGCCCACUAGCUAUAGACUCUUGAGCAUAUUAACACCCAAAGCACGGGAACACCUGAGAGCUUCCACUCCUACAGCAACCCCCUUAUCCUGUCGCUCCUCUCAGACACAUCCCGGAGGUUGA